UAUUGUGGGAGAUAUUAUGGGAGAUAUUAUGGGAGAUAUUAUGGGAGAUAUUAUGGGAGAUAUUGUGGAAGAUAUUGUAGGAGAUAUUGUAGGAGAUAUUGUGGGAGAUAUUGUGAGAAAAAUAUUACAAAAAGGUGUUAGAUGA